AAAAAAAGCGAAGAGCAAUUUUUGGGGAUUUUUUAAAGAGUAUUUGAUGGUAUUACGAUUCUCACACAUGGUAACAUUGACUAAAACAGUCUUUCUUUCUGAUUGUCAAUUCUGACAAGAUGACGAAGGGUACUUCAAGCUUCGGUAAACGCCGAAACAAGACCCACACACUAUGCAGAAGAUGUGGUAGAUCCUCGUACCACAUUCAAAAAUCAAAAUGCGCGCAGUGCGGUUACCCAGCGGCCAAGUUGAGAUCAUACCACUGGUCAGUCAAGGCUAAGCGCAGGAAGACCACUGGAACCGGCCGCAUGCGUCACUUGAAGAUCGUCAGGAGGCGUUUCCGUAACGGUUUCAAGGAGGGCAAGCCUACACCCAAGAAAGCUGUGGCUUCGUCGUAAACUUACUAUCUGCUAAGUUAAUAAAAAAUUUAAAAUCCAA